AACACUUAUUUUUUCUUUUCUUUUUUGUAAAUUGGUUGAGCCACACAAUUACAUGGCAACCAUACAAAAUUUUGUGAAUGUGGCUAAAAGAAUGCAGAGUAUUCUUUGAAGAUUCUAUGUAUUUGCAAAGAUUGUCAACAUUCAUGUCACUAUUUUGUUGAAUUUGUUUGAGCACUAGGUUAUUAAGGGAAUGGUUCUUAGUACAUAAAUUGGGUAAGAAUGAACGGGUAAAUUCAUGGCUUGGGAAUUUAUGAGCCUCCUUUCCUACUAACACCUUUUGAUUCAAAGUUUUUCAUUCACCUCGUUACUUUGUUUUCUGCUUAACUAACAGUGUUCAUUUUCUGUUUACUGAUUAACCAUUAGUUUUGAAAUUACUAAUCCUGUUGAUUGUUAAAUUAUACUGGGUGUGAAAUUUAGAUCAUCUCCAUUACAUAGUUGUAAUGGAAUGGAAGAUUUUCAAUCCCUAUGUCUAACCCUUUUAUAUUGUCUAGGAAUUUAAUUUACUUUCUGCAGUUUUUGCCUUUGGAAAGAAGUGGGGACUAAACUUAUUAGAUAAGAAAGCUUGAAGAAUGGAAAGUUUGCAGAUGAAAAAAUGGUGUGCAUUUGAAUGAGUUGAUUAUUUUCCAUAGUACAUGGUCACAUUGUCUUUACCAUUGUUUAUAAGUUGUGUUAUGUGGAUUUGGAGAUUACAUUUAUAUUCUUUUAUUUUGAAUUGUUUUCUACAAUAAUUAUACUGUACGUAAUGGAUGAAGUUUUUUAAAUAUAUUUCACUGCAUCUUUUUGUGAGGGCCUCUAUUGUUGGUUUUGAUAAAUCCACCACACUUUUAUUUAUAGAUUAUCAAUAAGUAUUACUUUUUAUAAGUUUUGUUUUAAUAUUCUUUUCAAGUAGUUUUGGCUUAUUUGUAUGAUUUAUUUUCUAAGUGCUUAGCUUUUAAUGACACUUGGCUAUUUACAUUUUUCAAGUAGGCUGAUAUCUAUACAUCUAUCUUUCUUGAUUUUUGUAAAUCAAAUUUUUUUUGUAAUGGGCACCAAUAAAAGCCAAUAAUAGGCAUUAGUUAGUGUGGCUUGCACACGGCCAAUUCGCUAGUUAGAGAAUAAAAUGUAAAUGUGUCAUAAUUUAAGAAUUUUACUAUAAUUUACGUUAAAAAUAAUUUAUUUAUUAAUUUAUACACAUUUUUUUGGAACUAGUAUUCCACGUAAAAUUAUCAACAAUUGAAUGGAGUAGCAAGUGAGAGAGAGUGGGAGAGAUGAUUUCAGAGAAGGAAGAAGAAGCAUCAGUUCCUCGGAGCUUAUCCUGCACCACCUGCUUUGACGCUCUCUGGUUUUGCUAUUCUCCACUCCAUCAGAUGCAGCAGUAUUAUGGGCUUGGUGGCCUUGAUAACUGUUCCGGAAAAUGGAAUGCUCUUGUUGAUUGCUUAACUCUGAAAACAAAACGAACUUCUGUAGUGGAGGAAAUCCUGGAAACUCGAGAGAAAGCAAAGCCCCACAUCUGGUCUUUUCGGACACCAGAAGAAGCGGCAUCCCAUUGGAAAGAACUUUUUGGAAAUUUAGAUGAAGUCGAAUGACUUCUUCUCUAUCUUCUAUUUUCAUCUUUUUUACUCUUUUCAAGUGUCUAGCAAAGACAAGAAUAAGAACAUAUGAGAAACCAGGUUUAGAGAGGUCUUGAUCUGCAAGGUUAUCAACAGGUUUAAAUGGUUAUAUGAGAAGUUUUUCUUGAGCAAGAGUAAGCAUGACUAACAAAUUUUCCGUUGUUUGACACACUUGAAUUGUCUUUCAUUAUAUUAUUUGUUUUGAAUAUUAAAAUUUAAUUAUUGUAUGUCA